AACAUUCAAAUACUAUGACAACAAAUAAUCAAGAAUCAAAUAAAUCUAAUCAAUCAAAAUCAGAACAACAACAACAACCACAGCAACAACAACAACAAUCAUCAAAAUCAUCAAAAACAGUUUGUAGUGAAGAUGUAUUAGAUCAAUCAUCGGAUGGUAGAUAUUUAAAAUUAGAAGAAAUUGGUCGUGGUUCAUUUAAAACUGUUUAUAAAGGUUUAGAUUCAGCAAGUGGUGUUGCUGUUGCAUGGUGUGAAUUACAGCAGGAAAGAUUGAAUAAAAAUGAACGACAACGUUUUCGUGAAGAAGUUGAAAUGUUAAAAGGAUUACAACAUUCAAAUAUUGUACGUUUUUAUGAUUAUUGGGAAGUAAAUACACCGAAACGUAAAUAUUUAGUUUUGAUUACUGAAUUAAUGACAUCGGGUACAUUAAAAACUUAUUUACGACGUUUCAAAAAAAUAAAUCUUAAAGUAUUAAAAUCAUGGUGUCGACAAAUUCUUAAAGGUCUAAAUUUUCUUCAUUCACGUACACCACCGAUAAUACAUCGUGAUUUAAAAUGUGACAACAUAUUUAUAACCGGUACAACUGGAUCGGUAAAAAUUGGUGAUCUUGGCCUGGCAACAUUAAAAAAUCGUUCAUUUGCAAAAUCGGUAAUUGGAACGCCAGAAUUUAUGGCACCUGAAAUGUAUGAUGAACAUUAUGAUGAAAGUGUUGAUGUAUAUGCAUUUGGUAUGUGUAUGUUGGAAAUGGCAACCGGUGAAUAUCCAUAUUCUGAAUGUUCAAGUGCAGCACAAAUUUAUCGUAAAGUAUCAUCAGGUGUACCACCAAAUUCAUUGGCAAAAGUUGAACAAUCUGAAGUUAAACAAAUAAUUGAAAUGUGUAUAAAAUUGAAAAAAGAAGAACGACCAACUGUAAAAGAAUUAUUACAGCAUGAUUUUUUUCAAGAAGAUACUGGGUUUAAAGUUGAAUUUGUUAAACGUGAUGAAGCUGUUGCUAGUUAUGAAUCACAAGUUGUAUUAAGAAUAUUCAUAACGGAUGCAAAAAAACGUAAAGAUAAAUAUAAACAAAAUGAAGCAUUACAAUUUGGUUUUAAUUUUGAUAAAGAAUCUGUUGAAGAUGUUGCUAAAGCAUUGGUGGAUACUGGAUUUUUGGCUGAAGAAGAUGUUCGUAUUGUUUGUUUAUUAAUUAAAAAUCAGAUAUCAUUAUUAUUAAAAGAUCGACAACAAUUAUUACUUACACAACAACAACAACAAGCAAACCAGGCAAACGGUAAUGAUGGUCAAUUAGAUGAUGAUAGUACAAUAGCAAUGACUGCUGCUGAAACAAAUAUUCAAAAUCGUUUUGAAAUGAUACAAAAACAACAAAAACAAUAUAAACAUACUGAAAUACCUGUAAAUUUAAUGGAAGAAUCUGUUGCUGUUUUUGCACCCGGUAAUGAAGGAUCACCAGAGAAUACAGUUGUUUCUGGUCAACAAUCGGCAGUUAACUCUGCUGCUAAUUCUGUUGUUAAUAUACAGGUUAAUCAUCAAGAUUUAUUAAUUAGUCAACAUCAAUCACAGCAACAACAACAACAACAAGCAUCAACAUUAACUAAUCAACAACAACAACAACAAACACAAUCAACAAUGAAUGAUUCAUCACCAGUAACAUCAACAGCGAUUUCGGAAUCAAAUUUUUCGACCACUAACACUAAUAAUAAUAAUAAUAAUGUUUCGGCUGUAAGUAGUGUUGGUGAAUCACAAACAACAACAUCGACAUCAACUUUAAAUUCCGGUCAAAUUCCAUCAAUGGAACAAUCAAUAGUAUCAGCUGAAAAUUCAUCAUCAUCAUCAUCAUCAACAGGUAAUUCAUCUGUUGGUAGUGUUGUUGUUGCCCAUUCGAAUCAACAACAACAACAACAACAACAGUCAUCAUCAUCACAACAUCAAAAUGAGCUUAAAUUACCACUUACAAGUGUUGCAUCAUAUCCUAUAUUACCAUCAUCAUCAUCGACAACAGCAGCAGCAGCAUCAUCAUCAACAGUUCCAAAUGGAACUACUAAUCAACAACAACAACCGCAGCAAGUUUUAUCGCCAACAUCAAUGGCACCACCAAAUGGACAAACAUUUGCUUCGGUUGUUGCUUCAACAUCAGCAUCAACAUCAUCAGUUCCUGGCACACCUACUACAAUGAAUAAUAAUAAUAAUAAUAAUACUGGUGUUGUUGGUGGUGGUAAUUCAUCCAGACCUUCAUCACCAACAUCAACAUCAACAACAACAACAAAUCAAUCACAACAGCCAACAACAGCAACAGAUUCUAAUCAUCCUAUUGGAUUGCCGAAUAAUAAUUCUAGCCAGAAUAAUACGGCACAAACAACAGCAACAACAAUACCUGUAUCACAACAAAUGGCAAAUCAACAACAAUCAACAGCUGCAACUGUUGUUGGUGGUGGUCAACAAACAAAACAUCAGCCAUUAACAUCGACAUCAUCAUUGACAGCUACAGCCGGUUCUAAACUUCCAUCAACUAAAAAAGAUCAAGAUCAUAUUCAAUCAAAUUUAGAAUCAAAAUUAACGGAAAUAUUUGCACCAACAUCAGCAUCAUCAUCAUCAGCUAAUCUUGUACGAACAUCGGCAGAAAUGCAUUCACAUUCAGCAGCACCAACACCUGCACCGGCAAUUGUACCGCCAGUUAAUAGUAAUCAAUUAACAAAUCAAUUGAAUGCUCAUUUAAUGAAUGUACCACAACAACAACAACAUUCAGCAAUACAGCAACAACAACAAUCGCAACAUCCACCUCCUCUUACCAAUCAGCAACAACAAUCAAAUUCUUUAGGUCAUUCUGAUUCGGAAAUAUUGCGACCACCUUUAGUUGUACAACAACAACAACCGUCAAUAGCUACCGCUAUACCAUUAAAUCCGGUUAAUACUAAUGCUGCAAUAAAUUCAGCCCCACCAAUAGUACCAACAUCAUCAAAUGCAUUGGAACAAUCAUUAGCCAAUAUUAUUACAACAGCAACAACAACAACUGCGGCUAUGAUGACAAAUAAUACACUGCCCAAUAUAAUACAAUCUGGUCAGAAUGGUAAUAUUAUACAACAAGCUAGUAAUAUAACAGCUAGUCUAACAUCAUCAUCUACAUCAUUAUCAUCAUCAUCAGCAUCAUUAAUGACGAAUUCUAAUAAUAAUAAUGAUAAUAAUAAUAAUAAUAAUAAUGGCCAAAUUAAUAAUUCUAUAGCUACUACUAAAAGAUUUUCUAGAUUUUCUGUUACUCCAGUAACUGAAACAUCAUUAUCAUCACAAACAAAAGCAAUAGCACAGCCAUCAUCGUCGCCUCCGCCACCGUAUAUGCUUUCAAAAUCACCGUCUUUCGAUAUAAUGACAUCUCAACAAAUAUCUUCAACAAUAGCUAGUCAUACACAACAACAACAGCAACCAAUACAAUCAAUGGUUGUUGAUUCGAUUAAACAAAGUGAUUCUACAUCUACUAUAGCAACUGUUGUUGGUGGUGGUGAUAAUUCAUCCACAUCAACAUCAUCAUCAACAGCAUCAUCACCUACACCAACAGCCUGUUGUAAUAAGAAUGAUACUACUACUGUUGCUGCUGCUAAUACACAAACUGUUGCAGUUGCACCGGAAGUAUCACAUCGUUUAUCACGUUUUAUUGUUACACCUGCUGAAGUUCAAUUACCACCAACAACAACUACAUCAAAUGUACCACUAUUAUCAUCAACAGUUGAUUCAAAUUUUAAAGAUUCUUGUUCACAAACUUCACCUGGUUUACUUAAGAAUGAGAAAAAAGCACCAAAUUUAACGGAAAAUUCCAUUAAUGUUGAUAAUGUUCAACAAAAACCAUUAAUGAAUGAAGUUAGCCAUUCGGAUAGCAAAUGUUCAUUAAGUUCUGGUUCAUAUGAAUCAGCUAGUUCAGGAUUAUCGGAAAGUAUUGAUGCUUGUGAAUGUUUACCAUUGGCUAAUGAUGAAGAGAAUAAAUCGCCAUUAGGCCAAUCAAAUGAACUACCACCAUCAUUGCCUGCUACAACAGCAUCAUCAUUAACAUCGGAUGAAGAUGAUGAUAAUGAUGAUGGCCAUCAUUCGGAUGGUUGUUGUAGCGGUACAACUGUUGGUUCAACCAAUAUUGGUGGUGUAUCACUUGAUCCAAAUGUUAGUCCCGAAAUGACCAAUUCAACUGGUGAUAGUAGCUAUAAUACAUAUCCAUAUGUAUCACUUCGACGUUAUGCAUCGGCAUUGGAUUUAUCCAAACAAAAUGAUGUUGUUGUUGUUGUUGAUGAAAAUGGUGCACCAACACAUAUUACGACACCAUUGAAAUCAUCAAUUAUGACACCACCAUCAACAACAAUAUCGGCCGUUCCAAAUCAAAAUGAAGUUUUACAACAAUAUUUGACCAAUUAUCCAAAUUAUAUUGAUCCGGUGGCAAAUGUAGUUGCUGAAUCGAUACCGAUGAAUAAUAAAGAUAAAUUAAUACAGCAAAUUGUUCCAAAACCAACACCAUUGUUGGCCGAUUGUCAACAACAACAACAGCAAACAUCAUCGUCUUCAUCAUUACCGUCAUCAAGACGGCCAUCAACAAAUUAUGCACCAAGUCAAUUAGCAUUAGCAUCACAAUUGGCUAGUGGUCUUCAUCAACCAACACGUGUGUUCAUACGUAUUCCGGUCAAAGAUGUUGGUAUACAAGUUGAUCUUGAUAAUACAAAAUCAAAAUCAAACAAUAAUUUACAAGAUAUUGGAACCAUAACUGAUCAUUUGGAUAAUGAAAAUCAGAAUCAACAACAAUCGACAACAACAUUAACAUUGGCACAAUUAUCAUCAAAAGAUCAACAAUUUUUAUUACAUCAAGCUGUACAAUAUGUAUUGAUGAGUUUACAACAGAAUAUGGGAUUUUUAGCACCACAAUUAUUGGCUAAUGCUCAACAACAACAUCAAACAAAUAAAAUAUCAUUACAAAAAACAUCAUCAGCAUCGAUGGUACCUACAUCAACUAUUGAUCAACAAUUAUUAUUGGAUGCUAAUCUGGCUAAACAAAAUCGAUCAGUUUCAGUUGAUAAUGGUCAAUUAAGUAAAAAUGCUCAACAAAUUUGGCAACAACUUCAACAACAACCACAAUUUCUAAAUACUCAAUCACAAAUAUCGAAUCCGACCAUUGGAUUGGAAAAUUUUGUCAAUUCUUGGCCAGAUUCAUCAACCACUUCAGCUGUGAUCAAUGGAACAUUUGACUUUUCCGAACUAAAAUCAUCGACAAAUAUCAUAGAAAAUCAAAUCGAUCCUCUUGAUUCUGAAUUUGAUCAUCUUGUCAAAAGACAUGAAAUGGAACGAAAACAAAUGCAACAACGACAACAAUAUGAAAUUGAUGUAUUAAAAAAUAUACAACAUCAACAAAUUGACAAUUGUGAGCCAGCCAAAUCUCAACCCGUUUUGGAAGUUAGUAAGAAACCACCAUCAGGUACUCAGCAGCAGCAAUCUGCUAUGAUAUCAUCAUUAAAAGUGACACAACCACAACAACAUUCGAGUAUUAAUAGUCCAAAUUUUGGAUCAAUGAUGACAACAACUACAACGGUAUCGAACUCUAAUCCAAACAUAACGACAACGAAUAAUAAUAAUAAUAACCUUAUGAAUGAUGAAUUAUUGAUGCGGAUGUUGCAAAAUUUUACGAUGAAUUCAAAUCCAACCGGAUCACAGGUUUUACAACCUAAUCAACCAACAGCAUUUACAUUGAAUCAAAUACGUGAAGAACAGAAUAAAAAAUGGAUGAAUCAUACAACAACAUCAGGAACAGCAACACCAAUAACAACAAGUAAUAAUAAUGUUAUGUCAUCAUCAUCGGCAUCAUCAUCACCGAUAAAACGUACAGUUAGUAUGACCAAUGCUGUUGCUUUAGCUCAAUCACAGCCGCAAUCGCAACCGCAACAACAAAUGAAUAAAACUGGAAGCAGUAAUUUAACGAAUCAAAGAAAUACAUUAAUACAGAAUAAUCGAUCAUCGAAUACGGUUAAUGUUGUUAAUAAUAAUAAUAACAAUCAAUCGUCUCAACAACAACAACAACAACAUUCCAAUCAACAACAAACGACGAUUCAACAGCCACAACAACAACAACAGCCGCAAUCACAAGCUGCCAAUAGCCAAGCUACAACAACAUCAAAUACAUGAUGAAAUUAAAUUUUAUCGAAUUUAUAGAAAAAAAAUGAAGCUUCUCAUCUCAUUUCAAACAUUCAUCAUCAUUAUCAUCAUCACAUUAAAUUCAUCAUCAUCUU